AUGGGAGAGAAAUUUAUGCAAAUAUUUCGCGGUAUACCAUAUGCGGAACCGCCAAUUGGCGAACUUCGAUUUAAAAGACCAAUCAAACGAAGUCGUUGGCAUCAAGAAUAUUCGGCGAUUGAUUUUGGACCGCCGUGUUUGCAGUUUAUGGAUUUUCAUCUUAAUGAUAGAUAUUCAAAAGAUAAUAUGCAAUAUCAAAGUGAAGACUGCUUAUAUUUGAAUGAGCCAGAUGAUGAAGGAAAAUUAUAUCCUAUGUUAAUUUGGAUUCAUGGAGGAUCAUUUUUGGCUGGUUCUAGUGACACAGGCAUUGAUAUGGAUGUUGUAGCAAAGAAUUUCAUAUUCAAUGGAGUCGUUCUGGUAACACUCAACUACAGGCUUGGUCCAUUAGGUUUUCUAAAUUAUCAAUACGAUGGUAAUAUCGAAGGCAAUUUUGGUAUUUGGGAUCAAGUGAUGGCUUUAGAAUGGAUUCAGUCAAAUAUAAAACAACUUAACGGUGAUCCUUCAAAGAUAACAUUAAUGGGUGAAAGUGCUGGGGCUGCUGCAGUAUCAUUACUUGCUGUUUCACCUGUUACGAAAGGACUUUUUCAUCAAAUAAUCGCCUUGUCCGGAUCGGUAACUGCCGGUUGGGCGAUACAUCGACAUGGAAAAUCAGAUUGGAGCGCUGGAAAUUUAGUUGCUUAUUUGCGUUGCGAAAAAGAAUUCAGCGAUAAUCACAUUAAGGAAAUAGCCAGCAAAGAGAAGGAAGCGAUGGAUUUAAAAAAUAUGGAUUGUAAUUCACAGGAUGGUGUUCCCGAAUGUAUAAAAAAUGGAAUUGGUUUAGAAGCUCCUGAACUUAUGGAUUGCUUACGAAAGGAAGCCAAUUUUUCAUCAUCGAUUUUUCGACGAGCUCUAGCCCAUGAGGCUACAAUAGGAUUUGAAAUUGGAGAUUUUAUUAUUGAAAAUAUACCGGUUAAAAAUUUGCCUGCAGUUCUAUUUAUGUUAGGGGUAUCGAAAAUGGUCGUUGAUAACAAAUUGGUUCCAGCAUCUGGUGUAGAACUGAUAAUAGCAAAUGGACGAAUGCCUAUUAUGAUUGGAGUAGCUAAAAGUGAAUGGUCACACAAAAAAGCACAAUUUUACAAUUUUCAUCACUUUGGUAAUGUGACAAUGGAAGAAUGUAUUGAUAAUAUUCGCAAAAUAAUUGAUAAGCACUUUCAUGCUGGAACUUCUCAUAGGCUUCCAGAUUCAACACUUGAAUUAAUUACGAACGCUUCAUAUUUCAGAUAUAUUGAUUCUCCAGAUGGAGAUUGGUCUUUGCCUAGGAUAGUUUCUGCAUUACAAGAACUCGAAGCUGAUAUCGAAUUCGUAUCACCAGCGCAAAAAGAAAUUGAAGCUUACGCCUUAAAAGGUUUACCUGUAUAUGCAUAUUCAUUCGAAUAUAUGCCAAGAUCGCCACUGAUUGAAGAAGAAACUCGUUCAUUUGCAUUAUUUGGUCAACAAAACGUAAAAGUUAUGAGAAGAGAAAUGCAAAUGCAUGGUAGAGAAGGACGUAAAGCAUUUCAUGGUUUGGAUCAUGCGUUCAUAUUUACGCGAGGCUACGCGAGUAAUAUGCAAAUCACGCCAUUCACUAAAAAAGAUGCCCAAAUGUCAAAAAUGUUAUCAACAAUGAUAACGAAUUUCGUUAAAUAUGGAAAUCCAACAGCAAAUCCAUGGAAUGGUUUUAAUUGGCCAUUAUAUACUAAUGAAUCGUCAACAUAUGCGAUUCUUGACUUACCGCCAAGGAAGAAGAUGGGUAGCCUACACUGGCCAGCCACAAAGUUUUGGAAUAAGGAAGUGGUUUUACUAGAAAAAUGUGCAUUUAAUAGUAAUGGCGUUUCAAAAACUGAAGACUAUGAAUUAACAUCGGAAGAAAGAUUGCAGUUAUCCGCGUAUCGACGAGCUUGGUGGGCACUAUGGCUUCUUGUUGCAGUAAUAGCCUUAAUUAUUUGGCUAAGUGUUAUUUGUAUUGUUGUUACACGCUGUCAAAGUCCAAGAGCUAAACCUUAUAACAAUAUUAUUGUUAAUAGGUGA